GUACCUGAAGGCAGCACACAGUAACCCGUGGUGGAAACUCAUUCAUCAUGAGCUGGACCCUCAUGAAGCUAGCAGUUAGCUUUACACGCUAAUCACUGAUAGGUGUAAUUAAUUGAUUAGUCGGUCCUUACGUGUACCGUACAUUUAUAAACUGUAAUUUCACUUGAAUAUUAUUCAAACGACACUCUCCUGCCUGGUGUACUAGCAACCGAUUUAACGUGUCGUGUUAUGGGAGAUAAACGGAGGUCAGACGAGCGGUUGGCUGUCAAAAGUAAUGACAACAAUAAGGUCCACAUUGACAGUUCAUAGUCUAGCACCGUUCAACUAUAAAGUGAAUCAUGCCUGGGAAACUGAAGGCCAAAAUUGUGGCAGGGCGCCACUUGCCUGUGAUGGACAGAGCCAGUGACCUUACUGAUGCUUUUGUAGAGGUUAAGUUUGGAAACACAACUUUUAAAACCGAUGUCUGUCCCAAAUCCCUCAACCCACAGUGGAAUUCAGAAUGGUUCAAAUUCGAGGUUGAUGAUGAGGACUUGCAGGAUGAGCCAUUGCAGGUCACAGUGUUGGACCACGAUACUUACAGUGCUAAUGAUGCCAUAGGGAAAGUUUACAUUGACAUUGACCCGCUGCUGUGCAGUGAGGCUGCCUCUGUCAUCUCUGGCUGGUUCCCUAUCUAUGAUACAAUCCACGGUAUUCGAGGUGAGAUUAAUGUUCUCGUCAAAGUGGAGCUUUUCAAUGAUUUGAACCGCUUCAGACAGUCGUCCUGUGGGGUCAAGUUCUUCUGCACCUCAUCCAUUCCACGGUGCUACAAGGCAGCGAUGGUACAUGGGUUUGUGGAGGAACUUGUGGUGAAUGAAGAUCCGGAGUACCAGUGGAUCGACCGUAUCAGAACUCCUCGGGCCUCCAAUGAGGCCCGUCAGAGGCUCAUCUCUCUCAUGUCCGGAGAGCUACAGAGGAAAAUAGGGCUUAAGGUACUGGAGAUGGGCGGAAAUGCAGUGGUGGGCUAUUUGCAGUGUUUUGACCUGGAGGGAGAGUCAGGCCUGGUGGUCCGGGCCAUAGGUACCGCCUGCACACUGGACAAACUCAGCUCUGGAAGCGCCCCUAACUCCAACACACACAUGCACCCUAACACAGCCCCGCCUUCCAAUGCCUGCAAUUCCCCUUCUAAGGAUGGAAAGGAGCCGGUAUUUGCUGAGGACCUGACCCUGUCCUCCGGCCCGUCAACCCCUUUCAGAGCCCUCCCCACCACCACCACCACCUCCUCCUCCCCUCCCCCCUUCUCUCCCUCCAAGCCAUGCAGCCGCCAGUCCUCAUCAUCAGACACAGACCUCAGUUUGACGCCCAAGACGGGAAUGGGCAAUGGAGGCAGCGCCGGGAAGGAGGCGGGGCCUCUGAAGACCCUGCUCAGACAGCAGACGCAGACGGCUCUUGAGCAGAGGGAGUUCCCCUUUUUCACCUUGACGUCUUUCCCUCCUGGUUUUCUGGUUCAUGUCGGUGGAGUGGUCAGCGCUCGCUCUGUCAAACUAUUGGACCGUAUACACAACCCUGAUGAGCCAGAGACUCGCGACGCCUGGUGGGAGGAGAUACGCCAGGAGAUCAAAUCUCAUGCCAAAGCUCUUGGUUGCCAUGCUGUGGUGGGGUACAGUGAGAGCACUAGCAUCUGUGAGGAAGUGUGUAUCCUGUCAGCAUCAGGCACAGCAGCCAUCCUGAAUCCUCGAUAUAUGCGUGAAGGCUGCCUCGACAUCGUAAUCGGCGACCACAGGUUUGAGGAGCCGUCUCCCCCGAGUUGUGGUUUCUGCCACAUCCCCUAUGAUGAGCUCAACAUGCCCUUUCCAGCCCAGCUCACUUUCUGCUACCAGUGCAGGCGACAAAAGGUUCCUGAUGUGCUCUUCACAACAAUUGACCUGCCCCCAGAAGCAGCUGUCACAGGAAAGGGCUGCCUUAUCCAGGCCAGGCUGUGUCGUUUAAAAAAGAAGGCCCAGGGUGAAGUGAAUGCGACGGCCAUCUCCAACCUGCUGCCGUUCAUGGAGUACGAGCUGCACACCCAGCUGAUGAACAAGCUGAAGCUGCGGAGCAUGAACGCUCUGUUCGGCCUGCACAUACAGAUCAGUGUCGGAGAGAACAUGCUGCUGGGUCUGGCUUCUGCUACAGGAGUGUACCUGACAGCUCUGCCGGCUCCAGGGGCCAUCCAGAUCGCGGGGAAAACUCCUGGUGAGAUGAGCAAUGAUCACCACAUCCUCACCAUUCAGAAAAGGAUCAAUGACACCAUUGCCAAGAACAAGGAGCUCUAUCAGAUUAACCCUCCGAAAUUAUUUGCCCUGGACCCUGAGGUGUUCUGCGGCAUAAACAUGGAGCCGACAGAGGAGGUUGUUGGUUCUCCGAUUCCUGAGCCCAGGCAACGAUCCAGACUUUUCCGCUCCCACUCAGAAAGCUCAGAUGAACAGUCAGAACUGGACCUCUCCCAUGGCAAGAAGGAUGCCUUUGUCCUGGAGAUUGAUGACACUGACGCUGUGGAGGACAUCCACUCUCUCCUCAUGGAUGCUUCUACCCCCGCAGGUUUCUACAGCUGCAACACUGAGACCAUGCCUGGGAUUUUCAACUGGACUUCAGGGGUUCAGAUGUUUACAUCAGUGAGGGUCUUUAGGUUGAGUAAUGCCAAUCUUACUAACCAAGGCUUGAACAAGAUCUUCACUGACCUUUGUGAGAAUCUGCUAAAGAGUUUUUACUUCAAGUUGCGCUCAAUGAUCCCCUGCUGUCUGUGUAAGCUCAACUUCACUGUAGCAGUACCAGAAGAAGAACUCAUACAGGUUGCAGUUACAGCUGUUGCCAUGACAUUUGACAAAGACCAGAAUCAGGAGAAGCCGGCAGACAAGCCCCCCACCAAAGGAGGAGGUGAGACUGAAGAGCAGCUGCAGUUCCCCAUGGAGUUAUGUGCAGACGCAGCAGCAGGCAACACUCAGCAAGCAUCCAAAACCUCAGGUACAGUCUCUUUACUCACCCCAUCCGCAAAGCUCUGCCACAAUCAGCUGGUUCUGGCUCGUUUACCAGGUGUCGCAGAGAGCAUCAACGUCUCAUCCAGAGCUGCCUCCGUUGAUUACGGUUCCUUUGCAGACAGAUGCAGCACCUGGCUAGAGCUGCUUAGGCUGAAAGCUCACACCAUAAGACGAGGAUCAGUUAAGACAAGUAGGAGGACACAGUCUCUAGCACACUCCGUCUCAUCUUUGGAGCGCUGCAGUCCGCUGCCCGAGGGACGCUCUCGCUCGCUGCGCUCCACACGCUCGUUCGGGAGCAGUUCGGUCGCCGUGGUGAAGAUGACGCCGCUCUCUUUCCUCCCUGGGACACGCAUCAUCAAAUACCUUGGGAUCAUCAAUAUGUUUUUCAUAAGAGAGACAACAUCGUUACGGGAGGAAGGUGGUGUCAGUGGCUUCCUCCAUUCAUUCAUAGGAGAGGUGUUUGCGAUGGUUCGAGCCCAUGUAGCAGCUCUGGGUGGGAAUGCAGUGGUGUCCUACAGCAUGAAGGAGUGUAUGUUGAUGGAAAAUCCAAACAAGAACCAGGCUCAGUGCCUCAUUAAUGUGAGUGGGGAUGCCGUCAUCUGUGUCAGGGAGACGGACCCGGAGCCAACUCCCUCAACCACAAAUAUCGGACAGAUCUGCCCUAGUGGAACAGAUGUGACUACAUGACAGUGAAACACUGAGCCUCACCUUGUUUGCAGGACACACAAUCUGAGUGGAAACGCCCUCUGAGUCUAGCCGUCCAAAUAUGAGUAAUUUAUGUCUGCCUUAAAACUCUGUAAAAGAUCCAAAGGUUUGGACGCAGGCAACAAAGAAGUACUCACACACUCCAAAAAAUGCAGUCUGGAUUAAUAUGGGAGUGCAGGGUGUCUGUGUUUUUCUCUGUGUCAAGCAUGAGAGCAUUUGCAGGUACUGAUGUAUCUCUUUGGGAAUGAAGUAAUGUGAGGGUUUUUUAACAGAAGUCUAAGGAUGCCUCUGUAUUUUGCCUAUGCAUUACAUCCGUCCAUAUUGGUGAGACCCAAAGCGAGUCUGUCUGCAUUUACUUUGAGUUUGGGCAGAAGUAACGUGUGAGGCAGCUAUGACUAAUGUGUCCAUCCACAGCUCACAGGGAAAGUCAUGGCCUUGCGAAGAAAUACACUGUUGUAAACCAUCAAUUCAUUUGAUUGAUUUAAUUUGUGUUGGGCUCUGUUUUAGAGCAACUUGCAAAUUGAAAGGCCAAUCUAUUUAUUUCAGAGCAGCCACAUAAUGACCUUCAAACAAGGCAAGUGUUUCAACUUCAACAAAGCUGGUGCUAUUCCUCAAAAUAUAAAUUGCUCACUAGAAUGAAAAUUUGAAGUGAAAAACAAUACAGACAACAAUUUGAUGCCAUUUUAUUAAAAUUAUCUACGUGUUCAUUGGUGUCCAGUUCUCAUGUCCAAAUUAGGUUUUGUACGAAUUGUGUUGAUAGAUAAUCUUCUUAAUCAGUUACAGUAUUGCUCACAGGCAGCAUCCUACAGAUAAUUACAUUUCUUCAGAAAGUGUCAAGUAAUGAUGUCAUCUAUAAUAAAUAAACAAAAACAGGCCAGUGUUUCUGGUGUAUGCACAUAUUUUUGAAGGGCAAUCAUUUCCCUUUAGAACAGCCAUUACUGUGUAUUCCAGUGACUAUUUUAUAGAUAAAAACUAUUAGAUUUUUGUAUUGCUUCAUUUUGAAAUCGUCAAAUCAAGUGGCAUGUGUAUGCCUUUUUAUUUACUCGCAUCAGGAGUGGGAGAGUUAAUGGUUAAGGGAAUAAUGUCGCACUUUGGGUCUGAGCAGCAGGGAUGUUUCAUAUGGGAAAGCUUUUGAGAUCGUUUUGAUUAAUUAAAACGUUAGUAAUCUGACUGAAGCAACUCUUCCAUCACUUGUAGCUCUGGUAUAACUAACUCUUCUUGAUGCAUCAUGCGAUCACUGUCAGAUUUCACAUACCUUUGUCAAUCUUUAUUACUUUUGCUCAUGUUCUAUAUAUAAUCCUGAUCUGUCUGGAUUUUAUAUUUAUGUCUAAUGCUGGAAACAAGCAUCUCAUGGUGUAGGUGCAACAUAAAAAAACUGUAAAUGUUCUCUAAAAUCAGAUUUUAGUAUUUUUGUAACAUAACAUGUAUGAAACCUACAGCUCAUGUUGCCUGUACAAUGAAUUUAUGAUGUGUUUGGACUCAGUGACAGAAAUUAAUGGUACUCUAAACUGUCGGUGAUGAGUUUCAGAUAUCUGUGUCUAAAACUUGAAUGUACAUAUUAAAAUACUUUUGCUUCCUGACUAGCAGCAUGCAGAUUAAUUUUUUAGUGCCAUGCUUGCCUGGUAAGUAUUGCACAAUAAACUCAGUCAAACCAAGA